AUGGCCAUCCAGCACUCGGCCGAGAAGAUGCUGCCCCUGAGCGACAUCUACAAGUUCAUCAUGGAGCGGUUCCCCUACUACCGGGAGCACACGCAGCGCUGGCAGAACUCCCUCCGUCACAACCUCUCCUUCAACGACUGCUUCAUCAAGAUCCCCCGCCGCCCCGACCAGCCGGGCAAGGGCAGCUUCUGGGCGCUGCACCCGGACUGCGGGGACAUGUUUGAAAACGGCAGCUUCCUCCGCCGCCGCAAGCGCUUCAAGCCCUCGGGCUUCAAGCACCCCUUCGCCAUCGAGAACAUCAUCGGCAGAGAUUACAAGGGCGUGCUGCAGGCCGGCGGGCUGCCGCUGGCCUCGGUGAUGCACCACCUGGGCUACCCGGUGCCCAGCCAGCUCAGCAGCGUGGUGAGCUCCAUGUGGCCGCACGUGGGGGUGAUGGACUCCGUGGCCGGCGUGCCCGUGUCCCCCGACUACGGACCCUUUGGGGUGCCCGUGAAGGCGCUCUGCCACCCGCCGGCACAGACCAUGCCCGCCGUCCCGGUGCCCAUCAAGCCGGCGCCGGCGAUGCCCGCCGCCCCGGCCAUCCCCGCUCUGACGGUCGCCGCCUCGCAGAUCUGCCCCGCCGCUGCCCCGGCCGCUGCUUCGCUGCUGGAACAGACCGCGAGCAACACCCCCGAGGGCAAGGGCCCCCUCCACUCCGUCCUGGUGCACUCCUAA